UAGUUUUUAUUUAGGUAAAUAGAUAGAACCAACUCCUCUUGGCUUCAUCAUAAUACACGCAAUAGUUGUUAUUUUUUUUUUUUGCCAAUUUUUUUUCUUAAUAAUCUUUUUUUUUUCUGUUUACUCAUGAAUUUUGCAUAUAAAAUAGGGUAAUACUAACAUAAUAUCCCUUUGAAAAGUAAGAAAAGGGCAAAAAAAUCUAAAAAAGGGAAAGUACAGUUAGCAUAAAGAAAAGAAAAAGAAAAGUUAUUUAACGGCGUCAAUUAUAACGGCGAAAGUAAAGAAUAGGUUAGGGCCAAAGCUGAAUCAAAAUCCCAAAUCCCUAAAAAUCCAUUAUCGUCUUCAUCAUCUGAAAUCUGUAACUCUGAGAAGUCUCAUCUACUUAUUAUUAUUAUUAUUAUUAUUUAUUUAAUUUUCCCACUCCAACUUUUCUUUCCUUCAUAAAUUUUCCCUCGAUCCAAACAUUCUCCUUAAAUCACCCAUAACCAUUCUCCCCAUUCUUCCCCCACACAGACAGUUACUAUCCCUCUCUUUCUGUCUCUCAUUCUUCCGUUUUUCACCAUUCCAGACCCUCCGCUUACCCCCGUGCACACCAGAGUCGUGAAACCCACAUGCACAUUUGCCGCCUGGGCGUCGAGAUUCGUCGCUACGGGCUCAAUGUUCUCCACCCCAUUCGUUCUCUCCUUCUCUCUCUUGCUCUCUCUUCCAAUCCUCUUCCUCCUCGCCCCUAGAUUCCUUUCUCCGCUUCAGCAACAACCCCAGAGCCCUGUCUUGAUAUCUCCCUCAGACGAACAAGAUGACCUUGCUCUCUUCAAUCGGGCUUCGGGUUCUGCCAUUAACAGCAUCAAUAACAAUAACCCUUCCAGAUUUUCUCACCUCUCCACAGGCUCUAAUCCAAAGCGCAAGAUCGCUUUUCUUUUCCUUACCAACUCCGACCUCCAUUUUUCUCCUCUUUGGGAUCAAUUCUUCAAAGGAAAUUCUCAUCUUUACAAUAUCUAUGUCCACGCCGAUCCAACCGUCAACGUAACGCGUCCCCAUGGAGUUUUCGAGGGUCGGUUCAUUCCCGCCAAGCGGACAUACCGCGCCUCUGCCACACUUAUAUCCGCCACGCGCCGUUUACUUGCCACCGCCAUCAUCGAUGAUCCGGCCAAUGUCUUUUUCGCUGUGUUGUCCCAGUACUGCGUGCCUCUCCACUCGUUCAGAUACGUUUACCACUCCCUACUGGUCUCCAGGUCGUUCGAUUCGUCGUCGGCUGAGACCGACGCUGAGUUGACUCGGCUAGGCGUACGUGCCAAGUACAAGAGCUUCAUUGAGAUUCUCUCAAAGUCACGAAAUCUCUGGAAGCGUUACACGGCUAGAGGAAGGUUUGCGAUGAUGCCGGAAGUGCCCUACGACCAAUUCCGUGUCGGAUCUCAAUUCUUCGUUCUGACUCGUCGGCACGCUCUGGCUGUGGUCAAGGAUCGGACUCUGUGGAGGAAGUUUCGAUCGCCGUGCUAUAAGGAAGAUGAAUGUUACCCAGAAGAACACUAUUUUCCGACUCUUUUGUCAAUGACGGAUCCGAAUGGCUGUACUCAAUACACAUUGACUCGAGUCAAUUGGACCGGUACGACCAAGGGCCACCCUUACACCUACGGGGCGGCUGAGGUGUCGCCGGAGCUUAUUCAUCGUCUUCGAGAAUCUAAUCACUCUGAAUCUUACUUGUUUGCUCGUAAAUUCUCGCCGGAUUGCUUGAAACCCUUGAUGGAUAUAGCCAAGAAAGCCAUUUUCCGGGAUUGAAUUUUUUUCCCGGCUAACUGGUAAAGAAGUCAAUUGUGCAUAUUUAUAUUGGUUCUUUUCUCUGCGGAGCAAGUGGAGCUGAAAGAAAAUUGGAUCUUCAAACUGGGAAUCUAGUUUGGAAGAGGCAUAAAGAGGUGCCCACAACCAGGUAACCCAGAAGUUUCAACUGAGAGUUAGAUAAGAUUUUAUGAAAAAACCAAAUGGUGGGAUUAAAAGAACAGUGAUAAUAGGGGGGAAGUAGAAAAGGCAAGAAUUAAGAAGAGGCAGCAUAAGCAACCAAGUGAGUUACCUUUUACUUUUGUUAAAGUUGUAUUCUUUUCUUGUUUUCCUUAGAUUAGAUAUCCGGAUGGUGUAGCACAAGUAGGUUUAUUUUUUAGACUUUUGUUAAAGGGUGUUUUGUACAUAUAUAAGGGUGGAGUUUGGUUGCAUUCCCUUUACUUCACAAGACAGCAAAACCAAAAGAAAAAAAAAGGAAAAAGAACAUUUAAAACCAAUGUAAGUGAACAUUGUUGGCCUUGAAGUUUGAACAGGGUUAAUGAAGAAACCAAGUUGAAGCUCAUUCUUUCACAUA